CUGAGCGCGGCUCUCGAGCCAGGCUUCCACUCUUGGCUGUCUAACUGAGUCUCUGGCCUUCUUUUCACAGAUGAGCAGCGGGGGACAGCGCUGGUCUGAACUGGACCUUGUCUGAUGGCUUCCUCGAACUCUCCUCCACAGUCUGCCAUAGGAGAUCCUCUGGCUUCCAGAGCCCCAGGCCCCUCCCCUAAGGUGGAGGACGACUCUGGAGAAGCUUUUGAUUUUGACGACAGUGAUGACGAAGAGGACACCAGCACAGGCCUGGCAGUUCCCUGCCCUGCCCCUGAGAGGGACACGGAUGCCCCACUGAUCUGCUUUGACCCUGUCCCUGGCACAGAGCUGGACCCAGCGGCCUCAUUGCCCCAGACAGAGGCACCAGCUGUGGUCAGCAACGGGGAUGCUGUGGGUGCAGCUUUCUCUGGGGUCCGAUGCUCGAGCUGGAAGAGGAAGAGCUCACGUCGUAUCGAUCGGUUCACUUUUCCUGCACUGGAAGAAGAUGUGAUUUACGACGACGUCCCCUGUGAGAGUCCAGACGCCCGCCAGCCUGGUCAAGUUCUUGCCAUGUAGCAGAGGCUGACCUUGAACUCAUGAUCUUCA